AAGUCUUAACCAAUAUUUGUUGUUUUAACUAAGGUUAUACCUAUGUAUAAUGUAAUGUUUCACAUAUAUUCUACUUGACUUAUUGACAUUUUUUCGGAAUUUAAUGUGUAUCAAUUUGAUUUAAGUUGUACUUAUUUUAAAAUGAAUGUCUAAUUUUGAAUGUAAUGAGAUCUGAUCAUGGUGGAAAACGUGGUAAAAGAAUGGUUAUCUGAAUUUGCCACAUUAGAAAAAGACGACUGGGCAUCAUUUGCCAUAACUACAUCACAAAAUAAAAUUCUCAUAGAAUCAAUAUAUGCUGUGUUUGAUGAUACUCAUAAAUAUAUAAAGUUAAUCGAUCGUGUUUGUGGUGCUCUUUUCAAUUGUUAUCGAACAGAAGAAACUGACUUACAUUUAUUUGUUUUAUUAUUUUUACCCCACUUAACUUACAGUUAUCUUAAUUCUAUUGCCCAUGUUGAUAAACAAAGUUGUCGAAGUAUUGAAGCACUAUUAAUUGGAAUAUAUAACCUUGAGGCUGUUGAUGAAAAUAAUACACCAAGAUUUAUAUCAUUCCGAUUGCCAUCUUUAGCGCAGCCAUCUAUUUACCAUGAACCUAGCAGUUUGGCUCCAACUUCCUUAACAGAAACUGCCAUUCGUCGUUUAGAGCAAAGAGACACACAUCCAGUUCGUCGAGGUCCGUUUAAUCAGAUUGAAAGACUCUCUGCAUCUAAUAGAAUGGAAGUUCUUAGUAAUUUGUAUUUCAUAUACUACAAAAAUUUAAAUCUUUUGCCAGAAAUUUAUAAUCCGUUUGAUCGUUUCUAUAAAGUUACAUCAAAAAUGGUUACUCAGGGUUUUCUUAAUAAACGUUCUUCAUCAUUCAGUAAUUCUGAUAUAUCAACAUUAACGACAUUGCCUCGUAUACCACUAUCUCCUAAAUUUUUGAUUCAUCUACUCUACUGUUUAUACAUUUCAAUAUUCAAUUGUGGAAAAGCGGAAGCAUUACAGGCCUUAAAUGAUAUUUAUCAUCGAGCAUGUUAUAAUUGUUAUUGUGAAGUAAUAUUAUUGGCAAAUGCAAUUAAAAAUUCUUGUCAAGGAUAUUUUGAUGGCGGGCAAUCACCUAAUGUAUCAUCAGUGGGUACACCUGUAAGUGGCAAUACUUGUAGUACACCAAUAUCAAAAUCUAUGAUUACCAAUGCAUCGUUCAGAACUAAAAAGUUACCAGAUGACAUUCCAAUUCAGAAUAAUCAAGGAACAUUUGAUGAAAGUUUUGAUGCUGCUGCAAAUUUAUCAUCAAUAACAGAAGAAACCAAUGAUGUAAAAGAUCCGAGUGCUGAUUCAAUACCAGUUAAACGUAGUUUGCCAAAAAUUGCUGCUAAUUUUGGUAAAAAAACUGCUGAGAAAAUUGCAACUGCUGUAAAAAGUUCUGGAAAUACAAAAAUUUCAAAGUUGAACACUCAAAAUGGUUCAGACAUAUAUGAAACAGAUGAAAGUGGUAUUGAUUUAGCUGGCUCUGAUAUAUCUGACACUAAAACUGGUCUAGGGCAUGAUGAACGAACAACUAUGACACCAUUAUUGAAUAGGAGAAAUCCCAGUAUGUCCGUCGAAUUAGAAUCUUCGAGAUCAAUUCAAAUGGGUGUAAACGUAAAGUGUUACAAAGAAAGAUUCCAUUAACUUUUUAACCCUCAUUCUUCAAUAUAUAUAUAUUGGUGGAAAGUACUGCAUUAUGACUUACAAUCAAAUAAUUAAGUAUAUUGGGUUUGUGGAAAUUAAAAGAAAUUGGUGUGAUUUUCUUAUAUGUAUCAAAAUUAUUUUAUUAGCUCUAGAAUUUCAUUGUGAUAAUCAAGAUUGAAUGUUUAUAUUAAUUUAUCUUAAACUGUAUGUACUUAAUUAAUUUUAAUCU